CUUAACUCCAUAGAACUACAUUCCCUGGAAUCUUCCCAUGUAUCGAGUCAAGCAUGAAGUGGACAUAUGACACGAGAGCAGUAUAUUUUAGCAGCACAACAGAACAGCCUUGCAAGGACUGAAAAUCCUCAAUUUUACCCAGUAGGGAUUUAUGGAUGGCGAAAGAGGUGCUUAUACUUCUUUGUACUUCUGCUGUUGGUUACCAUGAUUGUUAACUUAGCAAUGACAAUAUGGAUUUUGAAGGUCAUGAAUUUCACAGUGGAUGGAAUGGGAAAUUUGAGAGUCACUAAAAAAGGAAUACGACUUGAAGGAAUAUCUGAAUUUCUUCUUCCACUAUACGUGAAAGAAAUCAAUUCCCGAAAGGAUAGCCCACUGGUCUUACAGUCUGACAGAAAUGUAACAGUGAAUGCGAGAAAUCACAUGGGACAGUUAACUGGACAACUGACAGUAGGGGCUGAUGCUGUGGAGGCCCAGUGUAAGAGAUUUGAAGUAAGGGCAAAUGAAGGUGGAAAAGUAUUAUUUUCUGCAGAUGAAGAUGAGAUAGUCAUUGGAGCUGACAGACUGAAGGUAACAGGCACGGAAGGGGCAGUGUUUGGACAUUCCGUGGAGACACCCCAUAUCAGAGCAGAACCUUCCCAAGACCUCAAACUUGAAUCUCCAACUAGAUCUUUGGUGAUGGAAGCACCCAGGGGAGUGCAAAUCAAUGCAGCUGCAGGAGAUUUAAAGGCUACAUGUAGAAAAGAACUGCACUUACAGUCUACAGAAGGGGAGAUAUUUUUAAAUGCAGAUACAAUCCGCCUGGGAAAUCUACCAGUGGGCUCCUUCUCCUCCUCUUCACCGAGCUCUUCAGCUCCUCGCCAGACUAUCUAUGAGAUCUGCAUCUGUCCCAAUGGUAAACUUUACCUGUCCCCAGCAGGAGCAGGCUCCACAUGUCAAUCCAGUAGCAACAUCUGCUUGUGGAGCUAG